AUGUUUGAACUGGUGACUUCUGAAGCAUCUUAUUACAAGAGCCUACGCCUUCUUGUGUCCCAUUUUAUGGAGAGCGAGAGGUUGAAAGCUACUCUGCACCCUUCAGAAAUACACUUCAUAUUCUCCAAUGUACUGGAGGUCCUGUCCACAAGUGAAAGGUUUCUUCUGGAUUUGGAACAGAGAUUUGAGGAGAAUUUGGUGAUUUCAGAUGUCUGUGACAUUGUAUACGAGCAUGCAGCCAAUCACUUUGGGGUCUACGUCACCUACGUCUGCAACCAGACCUAUCAAGAGAGAGCAUACAGGAAGCUGCUCCAAGAAAGGACAGAAUUCCGGGAAGCAGUAGCACAUUUGGAGACUAAUCCGAUUUGUAAAGGCCUUCCUUUUUCCUCUUUCCUUAUUCUGCCCUUUCAGAGGAUCACACGCCUGAAACUUCUGGUACAGAAUAUCUUAACUAAAGUCGAGGAGGGCUCAGAGCGAGAGGCAUCAGCACUGCAAGACCGCGAACUGGAGAAACUUGUACGAGCCUGUAAUGAUGGAGUCAGGAAGAUGAGUCGUACAGAGCAGCUUAUCAGCAUAGAGAAGACACUUGAAUUUAAGAUCAAGUCUGUACCCAUCAUCUCUCACUCACGAUGGUUAUUAAAGCAGGGUGAACUACAACAAAUGUCAGGACCACGCACAUCCCGGACCCUCCGUACAAAGAAGCUCUUCCGCUCAGUUUAUCUCUUCCUCUUCAACGAUUUGCUGCUCAUCUGCAAGCGUCAGCCUGGGGAUCGAUUCCAGGUGUUUGAUGUUGCAGCACGUGGCCUCCUACGUGUAGAAGAGUUGGAAGACCAGGGCCAGACCCUCGCCAAUGUGUUUAUCCUGAGACUGCUGGAGAAUGCACAUGACAGGGAGUUUACGUAUAUGCUGAAGGCUUCAUCUCAGAGUGAAAUGAAAAGAUGGAUGACGUCAUUAGUUCCAAACCGAAGAACAAAAUUUGUUUCUGUUACUACUCGAGUUUUUGACUGCCCGCAGGUGCAAUGCGUUCACCCAUACAUUGCCCAGGAGCCAGACGAGCUGUCUCUGGACCUGGCAGACCUGCUCAACGUCCAGGACAGGACAGAUGACGGUUGGGUUUUCGGAGAACGCUUGCAUGACCAAGAAAGGGGCUGGUUCCCCAGCUCAGUGGCAGAGGAAAUCCUGAACAAAGACAUCAGGACGCAGAACCUGAAGGAAUGUCUCCGGGUGCACAAAUCCGAUGAUGGCAGCCAGAACAAAGACCGGCGGAAGAUGGGAAGCCGGACGCGGCAGUGA